UUUCUGACAAAAUUACACAAACGCACCAAGAAUGGCCGAUCAACCUGCCUCUGCGAACGCUGCUGACGGCGAAAUCGUGGUUGUCGACAAGGCUUAUGCAGACAAGCUAGAGCGCAGCAUCAAAAAGGACUUGCGCCACUCGGCGAGCUGCGUCUGCACGUACAAGCAAGGUUACAUCUCACAACCCAUCUAUGCCUGCAAGACGUGCACGACCGGGCCCGAAGGCAGCGAGCCAACUGUGCUGCCAGCCGCCAUCUGCGAAUCGUGCGCCGCAGUGUGCCACGAGGGGCACCAGGUCUUCAGCCUGUAUGGCAAGCGCGACAUUCGCUGCGACUGUGGGAAUGAGCGCCAGGCGGCCGGCGGCGGCGUGGGGACGUGCAAGUUUUUCCCGGUCAAGGAUGGCGACAAUGUUGAGAAUGCCUACAAUGUCGAGCACAACUACUUUGGCCGAUACUGCUGGUGCGACCGAGCAGAAGAAGAGUCGACGCACAUGAUGAUGGUGCAGUGCACGCUUUGCCAAGAUUGGUACCACAAGGCCUGCAUCGACGAGCGCACCGCCGAGCACGGCGGCAUGCCGGAUCUCUCGCAGUUUGCCGCGUUUGUGUGCUCGGGCUGCGCAGACAACCACACAAUCCUGACUCGCUAUCGAUCAUUGUACCUGCUAGGUGCGUCUGACACCGCAGUCGCCAACUCGGACAAACCGGAGACGGCAGACUGCGGCCUUCCCGCGUCACCCGCCACCAGCGUCGGACUGAAGCUUUGCUUGUUCAUGCGGCCAGAGUGGCGACUGCGAUUGUGUCGCUGCGCGUCUUGCGUGGACAAGUACGCAGCUGAGAAGAUUUCGUUCGUUCUGACCGAACUGGACAAUUUCACUGCUGACGGCGAGCACGAAGAUGUGACCGAGCAAGACCUCGACGCCGAGGGCACUGAUGACGAUGACAAUGACGGGAACGACGACGAUGAGGACGACAAUACGCUGGGCCAAAUGGUCCAAAAUCUCAUCCAGACACUUCCACCUGCCGUUCGUACCCAGAUCCAGGCGAGUCCUGUGAUUCUGGACCGCAUGACUCGGGUCCUGACUGAGGAAUUGCGGCCGUACGCCGAGUCUGGCGAGGUGGUAACACCGGAUGUAAUUCAUCGCGCUUUCAGUCGCUUGCGAGAAAGAGAUUCCGAUGAAGGUUUCGCUGCGUCUCUCGCCGCGCGUCGCAAGCCAAGCGAUGACGACGAGAGCAGCCGUCCAACCAAGCAUGCACGUCUUGGUUAAUAAUGACAGCUUCUAAUAGAAGACCAAAAACCGCAACUUAACAAGUGCAUCCUGAUGUGAUUGUAAAUAAAAUGUAUGCGCGUUGAACAAAUUGCCCUUGCCAAUUCGAAAACAUCAACAACAACAACAACACUUCAAAAAUUUGGUCGCUUGUAGUACUGCAAAC